UUCAUCGUGACACCGUGCUAGAAAAACCAAAAAGGUCGUGAGGAAUUUUCCUUCCAGAAAAUUGCUGUUUUUGUACACUUUUCAGAAUUUUCUUGUUAAAAGAUCUACACAGAAUGGCAGAAGAGUCAUCAAAGAAAGAAGUGAAAGCCGAGGAUAAAGCUGUCACGAACUUUCGGGAGUAUCUGCGAAUAAAGACUGUUCACCCAGAACCUGAUUAUGAUGGAGCUAUUGCUUUCUUACAAAGAAUGGCUGCUGAACUUGACCUUCCAUUCAGAACUGUAGAGGUGUCUCCUGGCAGGAAGAUUGUUAUAAUGACAUGGGAAGGUGAAGAUCCUACAUUACCCACAAUACUUCUUAAUUCACAUACAGAUGUAGUUCCAGUCUUUCCAGAAGAGUGGAAAGUAGACCCAUUCAGUGCAGAAAAGUUGGAGAACGGUGACAUAUAUGCCAGGGGGACACAGGUAUCAAUAACAAAUCAGAAACAAUAUAUAGAAGCUAUAAGAAAGUUGAAAAAGGCAGGAAAGAAGUUGAAACGAACUAUUCAUCUUACUUUUGUGCCAGAUGAAGAGAUUGGUGGUGUCUUAGGCAUGAAAUUAUUUGUGAAACAUGAAGAAUUUAAGAAGUUGAAUAUUGGCUUUGCUUUGGAUGAAGGUUUAGCCAACCCCAAAGAUGCCUACACAGUGUUUUAUGGUGAAAGGUGUUGUUGGUGGCUACAUGUAAUAUGCCAUGGUAACCCUGGUCAUGGUUCAAGAUUUAUUGAGAACACUGCAGCAGAGAAAGUGAGAAGGAUAAUUAAUAAAUUUCUUGAUUUCCGGGGGGAGGAAGAAAAGAAAUUAAAAAGUUCAGGGUGCCUAACAUUAGGGGAGGUAACUACAAUCAAUAUGACAAUGCUGAAGGGUGGUAUUCAGAUUAAUGUGGUUCCAAAUGAAUUAUCAGUAGGCUUCGACAUCCGUAUUCCACCAGCAGUUGAUCUUGUAGAGUUUGAAGGGAAAAUCAAAACCUGGUGUGCUGAAGCAGGAGAAGAUGUUAAAUACGAGUUUGCUCAGAAAGGUGUAGACCAGACAUUAACCAGUACAGAUGAAUCUGAUCCCUGGUGGAAAGCUUUUUCAACUGCCUGUGAGACAGUAGGUGUGCCAAUUGAGAAAGAGGUUUUCCCAGCAGGAACAGAUUGCAGAUUUUUGAGAGAGGCUGGUUACCCUGCUUUAGGAUUCUCUCCAAUGAACAACACACCUAUAUUGUUACAUGAUCACAAUGAAUUUCUCAAUGAAGAUGUCUAUCUGAAGGGGAUAGAUGCAUACUGCACUAUCAUACCAGCUCUUGCGAAUGUGCAGUGAACUUUAUAUGCAGAAAUUUAUUAUUACUGACUACUGUAUCUAAUCAGUCAUAUUAUUAAAGUUAAAAUCAGAAAUAAGUCGAAGCGCUAUCAGUAUGUGCACUGAACUAGGUAUAUCUUGUUGAAACAGUGAUAAGUCAGGAUAUAUGCUGUGUCCUCUUUGUUUAGAAGUAAAAAACACCUAGUUUUAUGGCUGAAUAUAUUAAGACAUUUUCAUCCUAGUCCCAUUAUCUUGAUCCCAUCUGUAAAUAUAUAAUCAGGACUUUCAUGUCUUUAAAUGUUUAUAUCUUGGCAAUAUAUGACUUUUUCGUUAGCAUUUUCGUGUCUGCUCUGUAACUCUUGAACCACUCUAAGGAUUUUGAAGAAAUUUGACACAACUUUGCAUAGAGACGACGUGCAGAGAGCAUGUUAUGGAUGGCUUGCUUCAAGUUCAAGGUCACACUUAGUGGUCAAAGUUCAUAUGACUGUUUCGUGUCCGCUAUGUAACUCUUGAACUGCUUGAAGGAUUUUGAGGAAACUUGUAACAAAUGUUCACCACAUCGAGACAACACGCAGAGCACGUUUUGGAUGAUUCACGUCAAGGUCAUACUUAAGGGUCAAUGGUCAUACCUUCAGGUGUAUAUUGCGAUGCUCUUGUUUAAAUUGUUUUAGCUGUGAAAAAAGGAAAUAAAAGGAAAUUUUAGGGAUUUUUUCAUAGAAUAGACCAUAUUAGAAUUGUAACAUUUAUUUACUUAUUUGAAAGGAGCAAGAACAAAAUGGCUUCCUCAGACAAAAUAGCUGUGCCAUGAGAAAACCAACAUAGUGCUUUGUGACCAGCAUGGAUCCAGACCAGCCUGCGCAUCCACGCAGUCUGGUCAGGAUCCAUACUGUUGGCUUUCCAAUACGGUUGCAGUUAGAGAAACCGUUAGCGAACAGCAUGGCUCCUGAUAAGGCUGCAUGGAUUUGCAGGUUGGUCUGGAUCGCUGCUGGUUGCAAACGCACUAUGUUGGUUUUCUCAUGGCCUGGCUAAGUUUAUGAUUACCAUAAAGCGUUUAGUUAGACAAUAUAUGACCUAUUGUGACUUGACAAGUACACUUCAUACUUGUUCUGAAAUUUGCUAUCUAGGACUUUUAGGACAUAAGAUAAAUUGAUUCUGUAACAAUGUACAUAUUCAAAAUUAAUUUAGCUGGUCAAACCAGCUGGUAGUAGGAAUAAUGCACACAGUCAGUCAAGUAAGAAAUAGUACCAUAGUAUAAACUAAUGGUGAAAUGAUAUAUACGAUUUCUACUUUACUUGUUUUUUUUUUUGUGUGUUUUUUGUACGCUGUCCCACCUUUAUAUAUCUUUUUGAUAUGUCUAGAUAUUAAGCAGAUGUUUUCUAUUACUACUAUGCAGAAUGUUUAUUUUAAAAAAAACUGAUUUGUUCUUAAUUUGACAUAGUUUACAUAUUAUAUUAUUCUUAAAAGACCCACGUUAUUUUUCUGUCAGCUUUUAGACAUGAAAGAAGGAGUAAACUGCAAUUGUUCAAAAGAAAAUGCUAGUCAGUAUUCGUCACAGUCACUUUAACCAAUCUGCACAUUCUGUGAAGGAGGAACAAAAUAUAACUUCACUUAAAAUUUGAUUAUUUUAAAGGCAAUAAUGGUGAAAAAUCCAUUUAAGGGAAAUAAGAUUAAUAUAUAAAUUUCAAAAUAAAUCGUAUCAGUGCAGAUUUAAUUGACAUGAAGUUAGUAAUAUUUUCUGGGUACAUUAUUUUUUAUGUAUAUAUUUAGGAUAAGUAUGGAAACAAAAUAUUGAUCAAGCAACAAAGAGUUAUUCCCCUUUGACCGUCUUCUAUUUAGAGGCAGUCACCUCUAACACAAAAGUGGCAGUCUUUUAUUUGUGUUUAGUUUGUUACAACGUUAUUGUAUGUCUCUGCAUUGCUAUUUCCAACAUAAUUUUAAAUUUCCUAGGCAAUCGUUUACAAUAUAUGGAUUAACAGGAGAGCUGUGGUAUUCUGUUGAUGAUUUUGAAUACUAAUUUUAAAGUGGAUUGCCUGUCAGUCACACAAUCAUAUUCUAAUGCAUUGCCAGUAUAAACCAGUUAUAAUGCUCUUUAUUGUUAUGCUUUCUAAUCAUUUUUAACAAGUGUAUAAAUUAUAUGCUGCUGCUUUGUUAAGUUUAUUAACCUUUAGCCUGCUGGUGGCAAUUGGUUUUGCCUUUGCGACCAGUGCAGACCAAGAUCAGCUGUGCUGGCACAUCCGUGCAGUCUGAUCAUGGUCUGCACUGUCCGCUAUUCAGUCAUUAAAUUUUCUGUGAACACCCCUUUGAAUAAUGAAUGGUAUUGCCCAAACUGAAUGAUGGACCAGUCCAUUGGAGAAAUUUAGCAGGCUUAGGGUUAAACAGCAGGAAGCUGUUCACAGACCUAUGGCUGGAGUUUAGUUCAUAAAACAUAGUCGGAGUGUUUGUUUUAAUGAAAUAUACACCAUAUUAGACACCAGGUAACAUGGGGUUAGAUCUAGGUCAGGGGAGUGUUGCAGGGCUUUUAGGGCCCUCUUUCUUUUGUUGUUGAUAAAAAUAGCUGGAGUUUAGUUCAUAAAAUAUGCAAGGUGAGUUAUUGUGAUCACUUUGUGUCCUUUUGUUACCAGUUAGGUGUCAUUAACAUUUUAAUUGUUACCACUGUGGAGGCCACAAUUUUCUCCCAGUGUUACAGAAAUUGGUCAGACUGUUUGUCUUGAUAAAAUCUCGAACUAAUAUAAAAUAUGUCAUCUGGGAUAAAAAAAAAAUAGGUGACUAGGUCAAAUCAUAGGAAAAACCUUUCAAACAGGCCACAUUUUCUUCCAGUUCUUCAUAAAACUAUCAGAAUGUGUGUCUCUUUGAAAUCUGGUUCAAAUUUAGAACUGUGUAACCCAAGGUAAAAAAAAAACGAGGUUACUAGGUUAUGUCGUAAAAAAGAUUGUUGACACCAUAGAGGCCACAUUUUCUACUUGAUCCUGUAUAUUUUUGUCAGAAUGUCUGGUAUCAAGGUCAAGUUCAGAACUGGGCUAUCUGAGAUCACAAGGUCAAAUCAAGGAAAAUCCUAACACUAAUAGCCAGAUUUUCUUCCUCUGUGAAGUCUAGGUCAAGAUUAACCAGAGAUCUUAAACUAGGUUUAUUUAUAGAAAAAAAACUUACUUAAUGCUCUUAAGCCCACAGUUUCUUCUUGAUCAUCAUAUAUUUUGUCAGAAAUAUGUUUCUGUGAGAUAAAGGUCAAGUUCGUAACUAGAUUACACCAGGUCAUCAGACACUGGAUGAAAAAAGUUUUUGAUACUCUAGAGGCCACAUUUUCUUUUUAUCAUCGAAUAACUUAGUCAGAAUAUUUGCUUCUAUGAAAUCAAAGUAAAGUACAAAACUACAUAAUGCUAGGUCUGAAACUAAGUCACUACUAAGGUCAUAUUUUACAAAAACUUUUAAGAAGCUAGUUUUCUUCUUGAUAUUCUUAAUGAAAAUAGUAAUGUUUCAAUGUUUACAUAAUUGUCCAACUAUAUCCGGGCAACAUCACGAGGAGUGCUCAGUUCAAUUGGCCCAUUUCUUUUACUUUUCAAUUUCCAUAAAAAAUAAUUGUUCUUUUUUUUUUUAAAUAUUGUUGUAAUUUUGUUUUUGUUUGGAGUACGUUAUUAUUUCAUAGUCAUGAUUAUGCAAUUUUUUCCUUUCAUUUUUAAUUGUUUUUCUCUAUUUUGUUUUCUUUUCUCUUUCUUCUUUUACUAACCCAUAAUACGACAGACAUGAAAAAUCGCUAUUUUAAGUGAAACAAUUAAGUUAACAACAUCAUUUAUGCAUGUCCUAACAUAUAUAUGAUUCCUCUUAAAUACUUCCGUAAUCCUAGCCUAUUCUCAUAGGGUUGUCUAGAAAUACGGAACUUCCGUAAUCCUAGAAUCGGAGGCUAGGAUUACGGUACCGUAACCCUAGCCACUGCCAUUCAUUAAACUGGAUUAGAAUUUUUGUCUUUUUUUUAAAAAUCUAGAAUAAGUUUGUAAUUGGCUCACAAGGUCAAAUCAUUACGGAAAAAAGGCUAGUGACCUACCUGAUUUACAUAAACAUAGUCGGAGUGUUUGUUUUAAUGAAAUAUACGCCAUAUUAGAUACCAGGUAACCUGGGGUUAGAUCUAGGCCAGGGGAGUGUUACAGGGCUUUCAGGGCCCUCUUUCUUUUGUUGUUGAUAAAAAAUAAUCCAAGCUCUGUGAUUACUAUCUGAUUUUAAUGAAUAAAAAAUGGAAAUCAUAUAA